UCUUGGCUCUUGGUCUAUAAAACUUUCAAGCUCUCAACUCAGAAAAUAAGCAGAAUUUAGCUACCUAUAUAUAGUUUAGUACAGGUGCAAAUUAAGCUUGGCGUCAUUUGAUUAUAAACUGCACACAAGAUGUCUGGACCAAUGGUGCUGUGUCAAUUGUGGAUGGGUGGGCUUGAGCCAUACAUGACCGAAAGCUUUAUAAUGAGUGCAUUUCAUAAAAUGGGCGAACAGCCACAAACAGUUAAAGUUAUGAGAAAUCGUUAUACCGGUGAACCUGCUGGUUAUUGUUUUGUUCACUUUCCAACUGACGAAAUGGCGUUAGAUGCUAUGCAUAAAUUAAAUGGAAAAGUCAUUCCAGGAUCUAGUCCAGGAGUCAGGUUUAGACUGAAUCACGCCAGUACCACAGGCAAGCCAUCGAUCGAGAGGGAGUACAGCAUCUGGGUAGGCGAUCUUUCAACAGAUGUCGAUGAUUAUUCCCUCUACAGGACGUUUGCUGCCAAGUACAAUUCUAUCAGGACAGCUAAAGUAAUACUAGAUAGUUCUGGUUUUAGUAAAGGUUACGGUUUUGUUAGAUUUGCCAAUGAAGAAGAACAAAAAGACAGUUUGAGCACAAUGAGUGGAUAUAUAGGACUUGGGACUAGAUCGCUGAAAAUCUGUAAUGCCGUUCCAAGGCCGUGGAGUAAAAUGUCAGACUCAAGUUCGGGUCCAUCGGAUUAUUCUUCAGGCAUAUCUUCAGAUUAUAAUUACUAUGAUACGUCCUCUUACUGGAGCAGUUAUAGUGCCUGGCAGCAUGGUUGUUAUGAAAGUGAACCAACAUCAGACUCGUACAGCAAUUAUGUGUCAGAUCGUAAGCCUGAAGAAGAUGAACUCGAACUUAUCGAGCACUCAAUUCCAGUUGACGUUGACAAGUUAAACAGAGAAAUCAUUGAACAGGAUUACAAUUUGUGGGAUGCUUUAGAAAGUUCCAAGUGGAUUCCCUGCGACACUUUAGAAUUAUGCUACUAAUAUUGGGAUAUCAUGUAAAUGUCAGGAUAUUCAAAAAAUGUAUGCUGAUAACUUGAAAAGAGAAGGGAAGAGAAGUAUAAAGAUCUAGAGACGAAAUCAAAACAGCUUGUUCUUAAAUGAAAUGCUAGUCUGUAUGUUUCGUCUUUUUACUAAAAGCAUAGUUUGCUGUUGUACAAAAAAAUUUUAUAUGAAUUUUACUACUUCAUUGUUUAUAUACAAUUCCCUGAUUAUAAAUUUCCAGCUUUUUUUCCCCUAUUACACUGUAGUAUAUAUUUUUCGUCAGUUCAUUAAUAUCUCUAAUCUAUGUGUUAACGGUCACGUAGUAAGAAGAAAUAAUACUGUAAAACCUUGAUUUUCCUACUUAUUAGUGAAUACAAAUUAAAAUUGUAAGUAUUAGGCUACGUUAAGUAUAUAAUAAAGACAUUGCUGAUUUGUAUAAACAAA